CUGAGCCCCUCACACUCUUUCCCACUGUAUCGCGAGAAAUUGACUGGGACAGGAGGCAGAGAAAUAAUCAUAUGCUUAUAACACAUUGAGAGAUCAAAAUACACGUUAUAGAUGCUAUAUGAUUCAUUUUUAGAACGUUAACUAUUUAUUGAUGCAUAACGUUAGAUACGGUGGCUAGUCAAAGUGGAAUGAGAACUAUUACUGAAGGCAACAACACUGGCUUCUUGUCUAAACAACCAGCUAGCUAUGUAGCCGCCGAGCUAGUUAGCUAGCUAGCUAAAUCUGCAACAUAGCCAGUUACGUAGUUUAGUUAGCUUUAGCUAGCUAGCUAGCUAAAGCUACUUCAGAAAGCCUUGGUUAACAUUUUCGACUCCGCUUUAUUUUUUUUUGUCCCCCCGAACAACAAGCUCACAUAAGCACAGCGCAGGUCUCCAGUUACACCCUGACCCGAAAAUGGCCAUGGAUCCACAUGUCUGAUUUCUUGGAGAAGCCUGCUUAGCUCUGAUUCUCACUGAACUCUAGCUCCCCAUCAUUCUUUUGAUGUAUUCUAAAGUCACUCAGUAUGCAGAUUCUUACAUAUGGAUUUAAGUUAGCACUCCCUUUUUUUAUGCAGAGUGCGCAACCCUUUCUAAAGCGGCACAGUUGUUUCUUAAAUGGGGACAGACUGUCAUCGCACUUUUUUUGGUCCAUUACUUUUCCACGGCCUGUGUAAAGCUUCACCCCAUGAACAGAGCGUGCCUUCUCUUGACCCCAUUAGCUUCUGACAAUCGCUUGAUCCUCGAUCAGAAGGCUUUAGUGAUUAGUCUGUAAAUCACAGAAAAUAAGUCACUUCUAUAGUUAUGAACGGCUCCUUAUUACCCCCGCCCAGCCCACGGGCUGCAACAAACUCAUCCACUCUUCCUCCAUCCCCUUCUCCCUCGCCUUCUCCUCCAUCUCCCUCAUUGCUUCCACUUUCUGUGCGUCCCCCACCUUUACCCCCUCCAGCUUCUGGCCAGCCACUGUCUUCUCUGUCUGACACACCAACCCCCUCACCUUCUCCUUGCCUCAGCUGGACAGAGUUCUGUGAGUUUCAUGCCCGGGUAGCUGCUGGCGAUUUUGCCCGUCACUUCAGGGCCUUUCUCCUGGAGAAUCCACAUUAUUCUCCUGAUUCUGCUGCUGCUUUCUGCCGCCGUUUCACUGACCGAUUUGUUCAGCAUUUUGAGAGCGAACUUGAGGGAAGCGGUGCAGUGAGGGAGGGUACAGGGAUUUGGGUCAUUCAGUCUGAUGGCACAUCACUGGAGGAAGAUGCGACCUCUCCACCACUUCUGCCACCUGAUGCUGUUGCAACCUGCCUGCCCACACACAUCAGGGCUCCACCCAAGCCACUUUCAUCUCGGCAGGAAUCAGACACUCGAUGUGCAGACAGAUUUCAGAUUCCCAAUGUUUUCCAGGACUCAUAUGCUCAUGCACAAAUUUUGCCACCUUCUUCUUCUUCGUCUUGUUCAUCUUCAAUGGGUGGGAACAAUGGUCGAAGGGAAGAUAGGGCGUUGACGGUUAAAAAGUAUCCUGGCCACUUGCCUGAUAAUGAAGACCUGGAAGAAGAGGAGGACAGUUGGGUCGGGCCAGUGACAGGAGAGGAGGCGGAGUCAGAUGAGCUAGUGGGGAAGGAUUGUGAGGCAGAGGGUAACACUCUCACAGACAGACCUGACAGCAGCCUGACGACACCACUAAGCCCUGCUGCUGGUGGACCACUAAACUCUGGGUCAAAGGGCAUCAUCCCAGGUGCAGGUGGUCACUCCAAAAACAAGUUAAAGAAACGCUUCUCCCUGCGCAAUGUUGGCCGCAGUGUGCGGGGUAGUGUGAGAGGUAUCCUGCACUGGCGGAGCUCCUCUAGUGAAUCACCUCAAAGUUGUGGCUCGGCUAAUGCCACGCCACUGCCCUCCAGUUACAGUUACACUAUGGGCCUGCAGGAUGCGAAGAGGAAUGCUCAAGGUGCUCCAUCCUCGCUUCCUGUCUCACUUUCCCUGCCCCUUUCACUCCCUCACUCAUCGUCCUCAUCCCUGCCACCGUCAUCCUCCAGCAGCGCCACGUCUCUCUCCCUCUCUGAAGCUCGUGAUCGGAGGAGGAGUAAUGGAGAAGGUGAGAAAGAGAAGUGGACUCACAGGCUGGAGAAGCUGCGACUGUCCCGCUCUCCACCACCAACCCUACAAGCACCUGUUGGACCCACGUCAUCCUUGUUGCCCUCUGCCCUACCAUCUAGGAAGACAGGUAGACUUGUACGAGAGGGAGGAGUGAACGUCAGCUCCUCUGCAGAUGAAUUUGCUGGCUCUCUCGGCUUUCCGGGCUUCUCUUUUGGUUUGCUCCACCAUGGCAUGGACAGUAACAAUGCAGUCUCUGGCUCCAGUGCAGAGCAGACAGGUGGAAUGCCUCCUCCGGUCGCAGUGGGGGCGAUAACUGGACGGGGCACACGCUGGCACAAGUGUCGACUGGUUCUGAAAGAGCGAGACAAGGAAGGAGGCGAGAGAGGAGAGGAGUACUUCCUAGAGUUUUACAUCCCUCCAAAGGCUUCGAAGCCCAGACUAACUAUCCCAUGCUGCUGCAUCUUAGAGGUCAGGAGCACCACAGCUCUUGAAGUGCCAGACAAAGAAAACACUUUUCUUAUGCAGUUGGAAGGACAGGUCCAGUAUGUCAUUGAGACCAGAGAUGCUGUUCAGAUGAGAGCUUGGCUGAGUGACAUUAGAAACAGCAUCUGUCUCAGUGAGCAAGAGGAUAUCGAGGGUGUGUGUGGUGGAACACAGACGGACCUCAGCAGCACACCAGAAUUCAGCGACCGUCUGUCUCAAGUUUGUUAUGGUGGGGUGGGUGGUUCUCCACUGCUGGAGCAACUUCCUCCUGAAUUGCCACCCCGCGCCCCUCUAGAUGAACCUGAUGGUCGACUGCUUGGCGGAGGUGGAGCUAGUCUUGGCAUGCCAUUCCCAGAGACGCCUGAUGCCACAGGGUCCUUCCUGUUCUCAGAGGGCUCAGCAUCAGAGACAGUGGAACACCCAUUAAGUGAGUGUCAAUGGUUCCACGGUACCUUGUCACGGCUCAAGGCAGCCCAGCUGGUGCUGGCAGGCGGCAUGGCAAGUCAUGGUGUCUUCCUCGUACGCCAGAGUGAGACACGGCGUGGGGAGUACGUACUCACCUUCAACUUCCAGGGCAAAGCGAAACACCUGCGCCUUUCUUUAAACGAAGAUGGCCAGUGUCGUGUGCAGCAUCUCUGGUUUCAGUCUAUCUUUGACAUGCUGGAGCACUUCCGGGUGCACCCUAUUCCCCUGGAGUCUGGGGGAGCUUCAGACGUCACCCUCAUCAGCUUUGUUGGUGCCACGGCUGCCCGGCAAUCAGGCCGGGACAGGGCAGGCAGCCGGCCCACAGUCUGUGAUGUCAUCACCACGCGCCACCCUGACUCUCCAUCAACCCCCAUCUCUGACUGUGUACUUGACCAACAGACCCCGUAGUCCCCCUCAGCCCCCGCCUCCCCCCCUCCCGCCAGGGCGCCCUCCACCACCCACACCACCGCAGGAGCGUGUAACCGAUGCGGAGGCCAUAGGAGGAGGAGCAGCCAGCGGGCCUGAGGAAUGUGAGGAACGUGAAAGGG